UAAAAGAACCACCAGGGAGUCAAUAAAAAUUAUAUCUAUCGAUAUUUUAAAUUUCUAAAUCAAUUUGAAAUUUUUCAAAUAUUUACUUGUUGAAGAAAUGGAAACCGAACCCGAUUUCGAAGAACAAAGUUCGACAGACGAAGAUUACGUCCCUUCUGGAGAAGAAAGUGAUGAAUUUCUUUCAGGUGAAGAAUUUGCUAGCAGUAAAAGAGGACGAUCUAAAACAAAAAGAACUCGAGCAAAAAGCAAAAGGAAAACUGUUAAAUCAAGAAAAAGAAAACGUGGAAAUAAAUCAGAUGAUGAUUAUGAAGAUGAUGAGGAUGACGAUGAUGAUUUUAACAAUGGAGAUGAUAAUUCUGAUAGUGUUAAUGAAUCAGAUGAUAAUACCAAUGAUGAUGAUGUUUCAAAUGGUAAUGAAACAGGAAAAAAGUUGCCAGAAGUUGAUAAAAAGAAAUCAGAUUCUUUAUGGGCUGAUUUCUUAAAAGAUGUUGAGCCUCCUGCAAAAUCCAAACCUAAAACAGAGCAAAAUUUGCAGACACAGUCAGAUUCAGUAAAGCAGAAACCAGAAAAAGCUUCUGUUCCAAAUAAGAAAAUCAUAACUGAAGUCUUUGAUUUUGCAGGAGAAUCAGUAUCGGUAACAAAAGAAGUUGAUGUAGAUUCAGAAGAAGCUAAGAAAUUUGAAAACAAAGAUGAAAAUAAAGCUGCCGAACAACCAGAAUCUAAUAAAAGUGCUCAAGUUGGCUGUGGAAUUGUGCACAAAGAAUUUUUACCUUUAGGACAGACAGUUAAUCAGGCCUUCUACAAAGAUGUCUUGGAACAACUUCAAAAAUGGAUCAACCAAGUAUGCAGAGACAGUGCAGAAGAUUGGGUGCUGCACCAUGAUAAUGCACCUGCUCACACAGCUUUGAGCAGACAGCGUUACAUCGAAUCAGCAUUAAGCGAGGCAGUGUUAAGUAAUUAA